AUGAUAAUUGGGCAAGGAUAUCUGACUACAGAAAAACCGGCCACUAUAUUCAUCCCGCACGCGACAGAAACGGAAACUCCAACGCCAACACCACCACCAACUACUGAGAAACCUACGGAAUCUCCCACGACGACAGAGCCAACCCCUAAGCCCACUCCUGCUCCGACACCUCAACCCACACCGGCACCGACUCCUAAGCCAACCCCAGAGCCGACCCCGCCACCAACUCCUACACCUACGCCACCUCCAACUCCUAAACCCACACCUGCUCCCCCUGCUCCAGCACCCACUCCCAUAUCUCCUCCUCAACAGGGCUCCUGGUCGUACACCAAUUCAAGCAAUGUAACAUGCAUUCUUAUCCAGUUUGCUGGUCAAUUGAAGGUCACCUAUACUAAGAUGGUGAAUUCAUCGACUUCUCUGGCUGAUGUUCUGAUCAACGUGCCGAACAACGCAUCGGUGCUCGACGGCGAGUGUGAUAAGACAGAACAGUGGAUCCGGCUCGCGUGGCCCGCCAGCAAUGCUACCAACGCCUCCAUGAACAACAUGCAGUUCGUCUUCGAAGCAAACACCACUACAAAGACGUAUGAACUGAAGAAUAUUACCAUCACGUUGGACCCUGCCGCGUUGCCUAACACAACAUCCAAAGCGCCCGUGACAUUUGUCUAUGGCGAAGCUUGGAGGACAUCGCUGGCCACAUCAUACAGAUGUGGAGCACCCACACUCCUGAAACUUGGAUCUGAGACGAGUGUGGCGGCCAACAUCACACUCUCGCAACUGCAGGAGGAGGCCUUCAGAACCACCCCCACUAAGACCUUCAGCGCUGCGCGCGAGUGCGGCGGCGACGACGUGCCGGACGCGGUGCCCAUCGCGGUGGGCUGCGCGCUGGGCGGGCUCGUGGUGGUCAUCUGUGCUGCACAGGAAGCACAGAAG